GUUGACUACACCAACAUCGCAACAACGGUGUUUACUCCUCUAGAGUAUGGCUGUGUUGGUUAUUCCGAGGAAGCCGCCAUUCAGAAGUUUGGAGAGGACGACAUCGAGGUGUACCACAGUCACUUCAUGCCCUUGGAGUGGACAGUUCCACACAGGCAGAAGAAUAUCUGUUACGCCAAAGUUAUCUGCAAAUUAUCUGACAAU